UAGCUGUCAAUUAGGAGGAGACUGACUGUUGGCAAACUGCGAAAAUGACAUUUCGUCGCCUGAGGACUAUUUUAUUAUUUUUUCCAGACCAAAUGUGAACUGAAACGUAUGAAAACACUGACCUUGAGGGAAUCACGGUAGCAAACCAGUUCAUCGCAGCUUAGGUUUGGUUGUAAGUUCAAAGGUUUGCUUGUGGAAACUGUCCAACGUCUCAUAGAGUGAGAAACUGACGCUAGCAGGCUAAGCUAGCUAACGGGCUAACUGUAGUUGUAGCAGAUAAAAACACAGCAUUUGUGUGUUUUUUUCUGAAACAGCGCCGGUCGUUCACAGCGUUUACAGCGUGUUUAGUCCUUUUCAUUCUUGUAGCUACUGUAGGUUAUGUAAGCUGAACUAAAGCUGGCGUUACUCUGAGUGACACGUCGCUAUGCUAAUGCAACGUUAGCUGCUAAAGGUUAACAUUAACGUUAGCUGACAUAGCGCACUUUCCUGUCAACAAGCCGAAGCGAACGGCACCUAAACAACCUCUAAACUGAACUUAACGGAGGCAUUUCAGUUCGGUCGACAUGUAGACGUUACCCUUUUCCUAUGAAACGGCUUAGUAGCUGUCUAAAUAACACAGCUUAUCAAAAAUGAGGCGAGGUUGGAGACCUGACAGCUUUUAACGAACUGAGCCGCAGUGUCAGUCAGAAACAGUUCAAUUUGAACGAGAUUUUUCCUUUUGUUUUAGAGUAUAAACUAACUGUGAUCGCUUUAAAGGAUAAAAUGAGUCUUGUCGCCUUCUAGUCCUUCUAGUUAGGAGCCUCGAGCCGUGAUUGGGCGAGUGUAGCAUUGUGAUAGUGGGUGUUGAGCUGGUUGGUUGUUUAGUUGGUGUGCUCUGUGUGCUGAUGCUGGCCUGAAGCUGCUGAUGGCUCGGCUGGAAAAGCUGGAAAACGGGCGGCAGCCCGCGGACACCGUGAGUUUACAGACUGUGGGCAGCCAGCUGGAUGACGAGAGCUCACUGGGAUCUGACUCGGAACUGAAUGGCUUUCCCAGCUCAAGGGAGACGGACAAGUACGGGUUUAUUGGAGGCGCCCAGAAGUAUUCAGCAGAUUCGGCUCAGGAUGUGCCCCCAGAAGUGCUGAGGCAGAGAGAGGUGAAAUGGUUGGACAUGCUGAAUAACUGGGACAAAUGGAUCAGCAAGAAAUUUAAGAAGGUGAGGCUGCGAUGUCAGAAAGGAAUCCCUCCAUCGUUGAGAGGCAGGGCGUGGCUUUACCUGUCGGGAGGAAAAGUGAAGAAAGAACGAAACAGCGAAAUGUUCAAGGAGCUGGACAGCAUGGAAGGAGAUCCGAAGUGGAUAGAUGUGAUUGAGAGAGAUUUACACCGACAGUUUCCUUUCCACGAGAUGUUUGUGUCACGAGGAGGACACGGGCAGCAGGACUUGUUGCGAGUGCUGAAGGCCUACACUCUGUACAGACCGGACGAAGGCUACUGCCAGGCUCAGGCUCCCAUAGCUGCAGUGCUGCUCAUGCACAUGCCUGCUGAGGAUGCAUUUUGGGGGCUGGUUCAGAUUUGUGAGAAAUACCUCCCUGGUUACUACAGUGCAGGCCUGGAGGCCAUUCAGCUGGAUGGAGAGAUCCUGAAUGCACUGCUGAAGCGUGUGUGUCCUAUAGCAUACAAGCACCUGGACAAGCACAAGAUCGAGCCCAUCCUGUACAUGACAGAGUGGUUCAUGUGUGCAUUCUCCAGAACUCUCCCCUGGGCCUCUGUGCUCAGGGUGUGGGAUAUGUUCCUGUGUGAUGGUGUGAAGAUAAUAUUCCGUGUGGGUUUGGUGUUGUUGAAGUGUAUGCUGGGCACUCGUGAGAAGCUGAAGGCCUGUCCUGGUCAGUAUGAAACUAUGGAGCUGCUCAGAGCCCUGGAGCCCAAAUACAUGCAAGAGGCCUUUCUUGUACAACAGGUGCUGGAGUUGCCUAUCUCAGCGCGUCAUGUGGAGCGGGAGCACCGUGUACAGCUUAAACGCUGGAGAAAAACGCAUGGAGAACUCAGAUACAACGCUGCUCCCAGAAUGCACGGUGCUCGGAUCAUCAUGGACGCCGAGCCUCACACACGGCAAGAUCUCCGUCAGAAGCCUACCAUCAUCGUCAGUUACCCAUCUGCCCCUGAGCUCAACCCUGACUUCAAUCGGGGUAAAAAGCGAGGGACUCUCAGGAAAAAUCCAGCACCUGUUCCAAACAUUCCAAACCCAUAUGCCUUACCCAGUGACCAUACACCUGCCCAGCAAGCAGCCCCUGCUAAUCAGCCUGGCCAGCCAUCAGCAGUAGCAGAGCCACCUAACCAGGCACCUCCGAAUCCUGCAGCUUCAAAGAAAACAUCUCAGCCAUUGCAGCAGCCUUCACUGACUAACCAGCAGGAGCCCGUUAAAGAAGCACUUCCUCCAAUAGAGGGGCUCAAACUGUCUCCAAACAAUUCAGUCAUACAGAAUUCUUCUGCACCAAACACUUCAUUCAUUGAGCCUACAAACCCAUCUGCUCAACCUUUGUACUUUCCACCACCACCAAGCCCCUGUCUUAACGAGCUGCCCCCACCACUAAGCCCCUCUCUUAAUGAACUGCCACCACCACCACCACCACCACUAACUCCACCUCCUCCACCACCAACUCCAGCUCCCCCUGUAGUGCCACUCCAAAACUGGCGUCCGCACCUGCAAGACUACCCACCUCUCCAUACCUCAGGAUCUGUUAAGACACCAGUUCCCAUCCCUGAGGACUCACAAGUCCAUGAAAUUGUGGAAAACUCAUCACCUGUUUUGGCUCCACCACCCACUACAGACUUAGCCCCUCUGCUUACACCCAAAGCACCUGCCAGCGAGGACUUUACUGCUACGCAUGAUAACCACACUCUAUGCCGCUCAAGUGAAAGCGUCAACAGUUCAGAGGACACUUACUUGUAGCUCUUUGUCACUAUGGGAGGCAAAUCCAGCCCAAAAAGAAAUUAAUAUUAAAACCA